AUGUAUGUGAAAUGGUUUGAUACAGUAAUGUUUUACUAAGUGAUUUUAGUGUAUUUAGUGAAUGUCACUUUUUGUCAUUUUCAAAUUUCCCGCCGUUCCGUCCCCCGUAUGUCCCGACGCUCGCAGGGGACGGAACCCAGAUGACAGAUGCCGGCAUCCGCCGGAUUACAUUGCCGGGGACACUGCAGGAGGGACAUCGCGGGAGCACAGGACAAGGUAAGUGAAGAACAGAUGCCGGAGCAGUGCCGCAUGGUAAGCCCAAGUGUAGCUCAGGUUACCGCUUGUGCUACACUCAGGAAUACCGCCAGGGAGGCUACUAUA